CUCUUCAACGUCGUCGCUCACUUUUUCUCCUCCGCUCUUUUAUCAAUACAAGAUGCCAUAAUUUGCUUGUUCUCUUUGGAUUGCUUUUUAGUCUUGUCAGUUAAGAUCGUGUAGUACCAUCACACUCACUCUUCCACUAGAUAUUUAAAUUAAUUAUCCCCCGUCCAAGGCUCAAUCAUUGCCGACGCGUACGAACACAAUCAAUAAUUGCCCCAUCUAGCCAACAGCCAGAUAUACCGAUUCAGCACCGACCAACAUUGAUCAUCACCGCCAAGGUACCUAAUUCAACCGGCUCGACUCGCUAGAGAUCGCCGGUUAACACGCUUAUUCAUAUUUAUGCACUAAUAAUCCCAUACACAUGCGAUAAAAGUUGGAAAUCGAAGAGAGUCUUCAGGACUCUAAACAUCGUCACUGCUAGUUACCCAACUAGGCAAACAGAAACAGAUACCCCGAGUUAAUUAGACCAUCAAACGACAUUAUGGCAUCCUCCUACGCUCUACCGCAACCCCCUUUACCGCACAGCCAUAGUCAUUCUCACUCCCACUCCCACUCCCACUCUCAUUCUCCCUCGUCCUUCGGCCACUCGAGAUCGACUCGUUCCUUGCAGGCCUAUCCUCAGGGCCAAGGUCUUAGAGCCGACUUCAACCAUAGCCAUAACCAUAGCCAUGACCAUGACCAUGACCAUGACCAUAAUCAUGACCACGAACACGAGCACGACCAUGAUCAUAACCACGACCACCUCGACCUUGAUGCUCAGGUACAGGCCCGGCAGAAUAUGACACAGUAUCGAGCAAACUCGCUCGUACCACUACAAAGACGGGAAAAUCGACCGUCACCCCUGAGACAAAAUGCUGAGGAACUGCCUAGUCCACAGAAGAAUGACGUGAUAGACGCGCCAAAGACCCCAAAUUAUAGAGCACCUACCGCUACUGUUAUACACGACCAUGCCCAUGGUGGCCACGAAGCAACUUACUCAAAAUUCACGGCUUUGUUGCUUCCCUUUACCUCGAAGUGGCCCCUGAUCCACGCCAUCAUGACCGAAAAAGAUUCCCGCCGAAUUUUCUAUUUUAUGGGGGUCAAUUUCACGUUUAUGGGCGUCCAGGCCGUUUAUGGGUAUCUGACCGACUCCCUGGGACUUCUCAGUGACAGCAUACACAUGUUUUUCGACUGUGUGGCUUUGGCAGUGGGACUUUUUGCGUCGGUCAUGAGUAAAUGGCCUCCUAGCGAGAGGUUCCCCUACGGUUUCGGGAAGAUCGAGACACUGAGCGGGUUUGCGAACGGUGUCUUCUUAAUACUCAUUAGUCUCGAAAUCAUGUUUGAAGGAUUUGAGAGACUACUAGAGGGCCGAGAAACCAAGAGACUUAGAGAGCUCUUCAUUGUUAGUACCUUAGGACUGGUGGUCAAUCUGUUAGGCAUCUUUGCCUUCGGUUCUCACGGUCAUAGCCAUGGCCAUUCGCACGACCAUGGACAUUCUCAUGGCCAUAGCCACAGUCAUAGCAAUGAUCAUGAUCACGACUGUAAAUCGCACCACGAGCAUAAUCACGGCCACAGCCAUAGCCACAGCCACGGUCAUGGACAUGAUCACUCUCACAGCCACGAGAACGAAAACAUGCACGGAAUCUAUUUGCAUAUUCUCGCGGACACUCUUGGAAGUGCCUCAGUAAUCGUAUCGACCGUUUUGACCUACCUCCUUCCAUGGUCUGGUUGGGAUCCUUUAGCGUCCUUCUUAAUUGCGUACUUGAUCCUCAUUACGGCGAUUCCCUUGGUAAAAUCAUCGGCUCAGCGCUUACUACUAACAAUCCCAGCGGAUACCGAGUACAAUCUUCGAAAUACGCUAUCUGAGAUCAUAAGUCAGCGAGGCGUUGCCUCGUAUUCCGUACCGAAAUUCUGGGUGGACGACGGCGCAAGCAGCGAGUCGGGAGGUAGGCUCUUGGGAGUGAUUCACGUAGCCGCAGUUCGAGGUGCGGACUUGGAUGAUGUUCGGGAUAGGGUUCAGAGUUACCUUAGUAAACAUGGGAUUGACCUCACGAUACAAAUGGAGAGAGAAGGGGACGCAACGUGUUGGUGCGGAAUGGGUCGGGUUAAUGCUAUAGCAUCUAAGGGGCUAGGUGGGUACUGAGGCGCUAUAAUGGUUCAGUACUGGUAAUGGUUGGUACUAGUGUAGGGGCGUUCUGUCUUGCUUGAGCUGCCCAUGAACUGGGGUAGAUGCGGAGUAUUGUGGGCAAGCUUGUUCCCUUUCCCCGGAGUUGCGCAUUGCGGCGUUCGACGAUGGGUGAUAUAUUUUUGUUGGACAGCGCGGGUGUGGGUUGGAGACUCCCAAGUCGAUAGGGAGGUCGAAAAUAAAAAGCGGAGUAGAGGAAAAUAAGGAACGAGUAUACCCCAUUAUAUGUUCAUCUUAACGCUGCUCUGGACGUUCUGUAUAUACUUUCCGGAUACAUAGUGGGUAUCUAGGUAUAGUCUAUAUUGUGUCUUGGUGAACUAUGUAUUUAC